CGGCAAACCCCUCUGAAUUGUUGUGAUGGGAGGAGGAAGAGAGGAAAGACAAAAUAAAAGGGCAAGGCCGCGAGCGUGUAUGCGAGGUUGGGAUGCGGCCGGAGCUUUUAUAACAAAAGUCUUAGCUCAAUGCACACCGACCUGCUGGAAGCGCUCAAGAGCUCUCUUGUCACCCAGGCUAGUAGAGGGUCGUAUUGAUGAUGCACAGCUGAUGGCUGACAGGCAAACUCAACCAUGCAUAGAACCUGACAGAUGGGAAACGGAAAGGCGGCAGCAGGGGGGGAGGAUGCCGGCCGCUUUUUAUGAUAGUAAAUGUAACUUAGCAAACUCCGUAAUCAACGGCCGGGCCACCCAUCAAGAACAGAGUCCCGGAGAUGUGGAAAGAUUGGGAGGCAGAUACAUCCAAGCUCCCGUCUUGUGCAAGAUAAUCCCCUGUAUCCACCAACCCCCCAAAUCUCUUAUCUUAACCCUCUUUCUCUAGAUCCACGCCAGACCAAGGCAACAGGAUGCUGAUGGGCAAAGAAAAAAGAGGCGCAACGGAGAAAAAAAAGAUGGGCUAUCUAUCUAUCAGAUAGGGUUUUUUUCUUCUUCUUUCUUCCUCAAACAGGACAACGCGCUGAUUUGUUAUGCUUUAGGUGAUGAUGACUCGCCCUUCUCGAAGCGAGGCACAAGGAGGGAAAAAAAGAGACGGCGCGUUUUCUUCCCAUCCAUCCCCGGAUCAAGCCACAACAGCCUAUUCCCUUCUUCUCC